UCAUCCGAUUUUUUAUUUUGGUUUGGGUAUUUUAACCUAGUUUUCAUGUCAUCGCUACCCAGAAUGGCUGGAAACCCUCGUUCGUUUCUCCAAAGGAAAAAUGCUUAAAAAAGGACUGCGAUGUGUAGAAACUCAUAGAAGAGAGUAGGAGUUUGGAAGUUAAGGUCUAAAUGGCUUUUCGGUUGUGCCAUCGUCCUCCUCUGCUCUCUUUCGCCUCUCCCAACGGCGGCGUGAGAAAGCAGACUCACCGGCAAUUGCGAUGCUCCUCGGUAAACCAGACAGCCGAACCCCUUGAUGCACGCAAGCUUGUGUUGGAAGUUAAAGAUAAGCUUGAGAAAGAACAUUCAAGUCUGCAGGUUGGAAAAAAUGGAAGAGAUGAUGAAGACAUGAUCCUUUGGUUUUUGAAGGAUAGAAAAUUUGUUGUUGAGGAUGCUGUUACAAAACUCACGAAAGCUAUCAAAUGGCGUGAAGACUUUGGGGUUUCAACAUUAUCAGAAGAUUCAGUAAAAAUCAUAUAUGCAACAGGCAAAGCUUAUGUGCAUGACUUCACAGAUGUCAAAGGUAGACCGGUGCUGGUGGUAGUGGCAUCCAAGCAUUUUCCAGAGAAGCAGGCGGCAGCUGAGAAUCAGAAGCUUUGUGUAUUCUUGAUUGAGAAGGCCUUACACAAGUUUCCAUAUGGAUUGGGAGAAAUACUUGUAAUAGUUGAUCUAAGGGGUUUUCGUACAGAAAAUGCAGAUAUCAUGUUUUUUAAGUUUUUGAUUGAUGCAUUCUACUAUUACUACCCAAAGAGGCUUGGUCAAGUGCUCUUGGUGGGUGCACCAUUUGUAUUUCAACCAAUUUGGCAGCUUCUUAAGCCAUUAAUGAAAUCUUAUGCUGCUUUGGUGAGAUUUUGUGAUGCAGAGACCGUCAGGAGUGAGUACUUCCAGGAAGAUACCAUGCCUGCAGCCUUCAAGGGUUGAUUCUACGAGAUCUUAUAUGGAAGUGGGCUCCUGCUAUGUUGCUAAGGUACUUGGGAAGCUUGGAAUGGGGUGCAACAAAAAGAAAGAUUUUGAAGGUAUCUGCAACAUUUCAAAUUCUCAAACGUAACUAAAUUAAUGGAGCAUAUGCGGCCGCAAAGAUAUAUAGCACUUGUUGGUAUUAGGACAACGUAUAUAAUCAAGAAUCUGUUUGAUAUCUCUUACCGCAUUAUCUACACUUUAAUGCAGUGCUAAAUCACUGUGUCAUGCAUAUGUUGGCAGAUGCUUAUAAGCUGAAAUUGUCUGCUCAGUUUCUAUUUUUUUUUUUUUAUUAAAUUUAGAAUGGUAUAUAAUUGUUUGGAAAAAUUUAUCCGAAUACAAUUGAAAUAAUUAUAAAGUUAGAUAAUUUUUGUAUAAAGAAUUAUUUGGUAAGUA